UUGCUCCUCGUACCACAGAAGUAGCACUAACUCACCUUAGUGAUGCGGCUGGCCUCCUUGUCGUUCCCUCCACUGUUAAUCCAUGUGGAAUUGGUACUCAUCACUGCCUCCAAUACCAUCCCGUGAUUCCCUUUCAUGUGCAUGAGUGCAUCGAUCUCUCCUGCACAAAAAGCAUCGGAAAAACAAGGUCUUGUACGUACUGGCAUCUCAGGGCCCCUAGCUUUAAAUCGGUAUGCAGAUCAUUUAGUUCAAGUGCUAAUUGUCGUCGUAGUCACCAUUAAUUUGAGCUGGUAUUGCUCCAACCGUAGCUUGCUUCUCCUCCGACUUUUCAGCUCCUCCCUUGUGCGCCUGAGCUGUUCUGACCACUUACCUAGCACGGCAUGCAUAAAAGAAUGCAGCUUUUGAUCAUUUGGUGGGUAUUCUACUGGGAGCAAGCUGGGACUGCGUCACUGCCGAAACACAGCUCUUACCUGCAUCCACUGUUCCUCGGUUUCUCGGCGUAUGCUGUAUGCAAGCGAGCGCCCAAACCUUAUCAUUUCCCCGUAUACUCAGCCCAUCACUAACGAGAAAUAAACAUACGCAUGCCACCAACCCUUAGGGAUACGCACAGCUAAGUUGGCAGCAGCCGCAGCGGCAGCCGCAGCGGCAAAGCUGCAAGGGAGCGAUAAGUAGAGGGCAAUGUGGUGGUAGUACGCAAGUCAAGCAGCCGCGCGUUGCCAAGAGCUUAGCGACACCGAGAAGCAGCCAGCUUAGCCUAGCCAUCGCUGCCAUGUCGACACUAGUGGACGCGCUGUGCGCGCCCAGCGACUCCGCGCUCAUCUACGACACCUUCAACGCCGCGAGCUUCCUCUUCGACAAUGCCACGACGUUCUGCGACGCCGGCAUUGUCGGCGGCCCGGCGCCCGUGCAGCAGCAGGUGGCCGAGGCGGCGCCGGGGGUGGAUGCGGGUGCGGCCGUGGCGGCGGCGCCGGGAGAGAUCGAGGCGACGUCGUCGGUGCCCAGGGUCAGGAAGCGGCGGCGGCGGGCGCGGAGCUGCAAGUCGAGGGAGGAGACCGAGAACCAGCGGAUGAUGCACAUCGCCGUGGAGCGCAACCGCCGGCGCCAGAUGAACGAGUACCUCGCCGUGCUCCGCUCCCUCAUGCCGGAGUCCUACGUCCAGAGGGGUGACCAAGCUUCCAUUGUAGGAGGGGCAAUAGAGUUCGUGAAGGAGCUCGAGCAGCAGCUGCAGUCACUCGAGGCGCAGAAACGAAAGCUGCUGGUCCAUCAGCACAAGGCGAAAUCUGACGCAAUGCCAAUGCACACCGGCAGCGCCAACGCUGCUGCUACCACUGCCUGCGUGGAGUCCACGACGACGAGCAACUGCAGCAGCAGCGUCACGGAGGACGCCUUGUCCGACGCGCCCCCGUUCGCGCAGUUCUUCACGUACCCGCAGUACGUGUGGUGCCACUCGCCGCGCGAAUCCACGGCGGCGACGCUCCCGGCCGAGAACGGUGGCCAGUCGGGGGUGGCCGACAUCGAGGUGAGCCUGGUGGAGACGCACGCCAGCCUCCGCGUGAUGACGCCGCAGCGGCCGGGGCAGCUGCUCAGGAUGAUUGCCGGGCUGCAGGCGCUCCGGCUCACCGUGCUGCACCUCAGCGUCACCACGCUGGACUCCCUGGUGCUCUACUCCCUCAGCGUCAAGGUGGAGGAAGGGUGCGGCCUGAUGACGGUGGACGACAUCGCCGCGGCGGUGCACCACGUGCUCUGCGUCAUCGACGCCGAGGCGACCUCGCAGCAGACACUCGCCGCGGGGCAAGAGGCGCGGCGAGGCGGCCCGACGGCCGAGGAGACGAGCUGCAUGGACUAAACCUGGCUGGUGCCGUGACCGACGCCAAUCGUGUGCACGGCCGCAUCUUUUUCCGCUGAAGGCGUUGGGCUUCUGAUCGAGCGGUGCUGUGCGCGCCUCGUGUUGCCCUGCGUCUCGCGCUAGCUGCCAGUUUUCGCUGUGUACCUGACGUUUUUCGGGCUCCUGUCGAACGUCUCGGUGUAACUGUGUAGUUUGUUUGUUUUUUCUUCUCCUAGAUGUGUAAGCCUGUUGUUGGCCUGUCGUUGCAAUGUUUUCGUUUCGCA